CUUGCACGUUCUCCCUCUUUUAAGCGCUUUUUUUUUUUUUUUUCUUCUACCUCCGUUUCUCCGUCUCCACAUUUCUCCUUCACGAACUCCCGAUUUUUCUUCCUCUUCAAUCUCGUCCCUCUCUGUCUCUCCAUCCUUAAAUAUACACAACAUCUUCUAAGGAGAAAGGGGUUCCGAAAGUUACGAUAAAAUAAAAAUGGAUCCAAACGCGGUGAAGUCCACUCUCUCCAAUCUGGCGUUUGGAAACGUAAUGGCGGCAGCUGCCCGUGAUUAUCAGAAGGAAUUGCAUGCUCAAGAGAAGACACAUGCAUCAAGUUCAGUACAUCAGGAGGUUGACCUUGACGAGUUAAUGGAUGAUCCUGAGUUGGAAAAAUUGCAUGCAGAUAGGAUUGCAGCUCUUAAGAAAGAAGCAGAGAAACGGGAGGAAUGGAAGAAGAAAGGUCAUGGAGAAUUUAGGGAAGUAACCGAGGGUGAUUUCUUAGGCGAAGUCACAGGAAGUGAAAAAGUGAUUUGUCACUUCUACCAUAAGGAGUUCUAUAGAUGCAAGAUAAUGGAUAAGCAUUUAAAGUCUCUUGCACCAAAGCAUAUCGAUACAAAGUUCAUCAAGCUUGAUGCAGAGAAUGCACCAUUCUUUGUUACAAAACUGGCUAUCAAGACUUUACCCUGCGUCAUACUGUUCAGACAAGGAGUAGCAGUAGAUAGAUUGGUAGGAUUUCAAGAUGUGGGAGGUAAAGAUGAUUUUACCACAAGAACGCUGGAGGCUCUGCUGAUAAAGAAAGGUAUAAUUGAGGUGAAGAAAGCUGAGGAUGAUGAAGAUGAUGAAUAUCAAGACAGUACACGUAGAGUUGUAAGAUCCUCCAUGAUUGCUGGUUCUGAUUCUGAUUCUGAUUAAAAUUAAUCAGCUGGUGGCAUUAAAAGAAGAAUCCUCUGUUUAUCUUUUCUUCAUAUCCUUUUGGAUUUCGGGCUUGUAUAAUCUUUGCUGCACUUGUGGUUUGUUUGCUUUUGGGAAGUGGUUUGAUGAAUCCAUAGCAAUCAUACAGAAGCUAUACUGCGCUACAACUGUUGUAUGAACCUGUCCCUGUAGGAAAUUGCUAACGUUUCUCGCAUCCGAGGGGUAUCAAAAGUUAGAACUUCAUUUGUAACAGUAGAAAUUGAUAUAGGUUUUCUAAAAUGGAUUUAAUUAUUGUUCAUCGUGAGUGCAUUAGAAGCCACUAAAAUUGGGCCAGGGCUUGAAUGGUACUAAACUGUGAGUGCAUUAUAGAAAGGGAGUAUGCAUGAAAUCGUAGUAGCAUACCAAACUUCAUUAUCAUAUUUUUUCAUUGUUACAUCAAAAUAUAUGAUUAUACAAUUUUAAAUGAA